UAAUGAGAGGGAGAGGGAGAGGGAGAGGGAGAGGAUGUCAUGCUCAUGCCUGUGUGGGAGUAAGCAAUUUGGAGGGGAAAGGGUACUGGGUCCUAAUCCUUGAGGUCCUACGCGACAACCGUAAGGGUAGGUGAGCCCAAAACCGCAUAAUGCACUGAAUGUAUAACUUCAUACAUAUAUGUAGAUGAGACGACCCUUUCCUGCCAGUAGCUACCGAGCAAUAUAUAUAGCAACAACUACUACUCUCGUCAAUUAAUUUAUUUGAUCCUCUUCUUCUUCUUCUUCGACUACUUCGUCAAUCUGAUUAUCGGAAAUGGGUUCCACGACGGCGAACGAGACGAGGAGGGAGGAGGACCAGUUCGGGCCGGGGAGCGGGUCGGACGAGGAAGCCUUCCUGUUCGGGAUGCAGCUGAUAAGCGCCUCCGUGCUCCCCAUGAUCCUCAAAUCCGCCAUUGAGAUGGACUUGCUGGAGAUCGUGGCCAGGGCAGGGCCGGGCGCCCAGCUCUCCGCCGCCGAGAUCGUCGCCCAGCUGCCCACGGCGAACCCCGACGCCGCCGUGAUGCUGGACCGGCUGCUCCGCCUGCUGACCACCUACUCGGUGCUGACCUGCUCCCCCCGCACCCUGCCGGACGGCAAACUGGAGAGGGCUUACGAGCUGGCUCCGGUGUGCAAGUUCUUGACGAAGAACGAGGACGGGGUUUCGCUCGCUCCCCUUUCCCUCAUGAAUCAGGACAAAGUCCUCAUGGAGAGCUGGUACCAUUUGAAGGAUGCAGUGCUCGAAGGAGGGAUUCCCUUCAACAAGGCUUAUGGCAUGACGGCGUUCGAGUACCACGGCACGGACCCCCGUUUUAACAAGAUCUUCAACAAGGGGAUGUCCGAUCACUCCACCAUCACCAUGAAGAAAAUCCUCCAGACCUACACCGGCUUUGAGGGCCUCUCCUCCGUCAUCGACGUCGGCGGUGGCACCGGCGCCAUCCUCAGCAUGAUCGUUUCCAAGUACCCCUCCAUCAAGGGCAUCAACUUUGAUUUGCCCCAUGUCAUCGAGGAUGCUCCCCCUUAUCCCGGGGUAGAGCACGUUGGAGGAGACAUGUUUGCUAGCGUGCCGAAAGGGGAUGCUAUUUUCAUGAAGUGGAUAUGCCACGAUUGGAGCGACGAACACUGCUUGAAGUUCCUGACGAAUUGCCACAAAGCACUUCCAGAGAAUGGGAAAGUGAUUGUUGCAGAGUGCAUUCUACCAGAAGUCCCAGACACCAGCCUUGCCACCAAGGGGGUGGUCCAUAUUGAUGUCAUAAUGCUGGCCCAUAACCCAGGAGGCAAAGAGAGGACCCUGAAAGAGUUUGAGGCUCUGGCCAAAGGGGCUGGCUUUGCUGGUGUGCGAGUGGCUUGCAGCGCUUUCAACACUUGGGUCAUGGAGUUCUGUAAACACAUGUGAUGUGAAAUCAGAAAUGAUCAGCCCUAUUCUAUUCUUGGCUUGAUUGGGUACUAAUGCAUACCUGCAAUAUCACCUUAUACUGCUGGAUUGUAACUUUGGGGACUGGGGUGUUGUGUGUCUUUUCCCAAUCGCCUUAUACUCUAGCUAGCUAGACCUUUUUUUUUUUGUUUUAUAAUGCACGAAAGGUGUAAUAAGAGUUGUUACCUUGCCUCUGAAAUAAAAUUUUUUUGUUGGCAAA